CACGCGUGCCUCCGAGAAGAAGCCCGAGUCACUGGCUCAAAGAGCCUCCCCAGUGGCAAUGCCAACAAAGUCUUCCGCGCGGAAGCUUGCGAGUCAGGAGUGCCCAGCUUCAAGCGUUUCGACCCCUACGGCUUUCAUCCGUAUCCAGAAGACUCCAAUGGAGUUAUCAUGUGAGCGCUUCAUGAAGCGCAUCAGAGCAUCCCGCCCAGAGCUCGACGGUCAAACGAACCCGGAACCCCGGAAGUUGAUCGUCGGCGGUACCAUUUUCUACCGAUGUAGCGGAGAAAACGGGAGUUUAUACGAGGAGUAUCGUCCUCGUCCACCAGCUGUUAUCUCCAAGCGGAAGGCGGGGAAGGCCUCGACGAGCGUCCGCCGUUGCGAACGGGAUGAGAAACCCAAGGGGCAACUACAGGAUGAGCAUGAGCAGGAAAGAUUGAUCCUGCUGAAGCUAUUGGCGAAAUUCGAGCGGCUGCUGGCUGACAAGGAGCAGCAGCAGCCUCAGACGAUUCUGUACCCCCUCGUGGAUUCGCUGUACUAUCAGCCAUUGUCCGGAUCGGACCGUCUCGUAGUCAACAGGGGGCACGACACCUACCUUUCACCGCCGCCCACGAACCCCGUCCAUCCCCAGUGGAAGCCAUUCCGUCGCGCGAACGGAUCCGGCAUGCCAAAGUACCUGAGCAUGCUGUGGGACGAGAAGGAGGCAAAGUUCUGGACCAGGCGCAUCGAACGGAGAGCGGGGCUCAAGCCCUUGACGGCGGCCAGCCUCCUUGCGCGCACGCCCGAUAGGGAUCAAGAGAUGAAGCCGAUCGGGACGGGAAUUGUCGGAGUCGAGCCGGAGGUCGGGGAACCGGCCGAGGUUUUGACUCCUCGGCGAGUGUCGCCGUGCCUCACCGGCAGCUCGCCGACGUUGCUGGGAACGGGACCCGGCAACGACAAUACCGGUACCCACAUCCCGGGCGGCGGCUACGGCAACGUCGAGAAUCGUGGAAUCGUCAUUGAGACUAGAAUGGAGACCGGCGGCUUGCCGCGCGCUGUCUACCCGUCCGGCCAGGGGUUUACCUCCGCCGUUCCACCGACCAUGUUGCCCCCACACUACGUCUACGGACGAGUGCCUGUACAGCAAUUUGCUGUCAGGAAGGGAUGCCGGCUCCGCCCAGAUGAGGACGCGGAAGAGGAGGAAGUCACAGAGCUGGAGGAGUAGGCGGAAGAGGACACAGAGCCGCAGGAG